CAUGCUGCUCAGUAAGACAUUCCGUGCCAGGUCCCCAUAUUGUGAUCAGAGCUCCGGCCUGUCCUCCCUCACCGCCUGCCCUCCACCCCGAGGAGCUCCGAAUAAGCUCAUUAUCUCCAUGACAUCCUGCCCGGGAGCGGAGGAAGGCCGAGCGCACACUCAGGUGAGGAGACGGGAGGAGACGGAUGCUAGGUAAGUAACAGAAUGAGGGAUCAUGUAAGGAAGGAGGGAGGUGGAGGGAGCAAUGACAGGGAGGAGGGGAGGAGGAUAACGGAGGCAGGGAAGCUGCCAGACACACAGGAGGAUGAAGAGCAAGAACACAAUGCAAAAACACCACAGGACGCAGGGGAGGAGGAGGAGGAGGAGGAGGAGGAAGGCUCCUGGGGGACUAGACGGGAAGAACUAGCCGAGGUUGUUCAGGAGCUGAAUGUGGAGCUGGAGAGACUGAGCCGUAAUGUCCAGAGCAUCACCCGGUACCAGGCCCAGGUCUUCCAGAUCACCAAAGUGCUGUGUUCAUGGAUGGAGAACAUUGAAGAAUUAGCCAGACACAGAAAUCAUUUGCACAGCCCCCCUGAUGCCUCCCGGUGACCCCCUGGACAUGAAGAGACAACCACCUCCUGUAUACUCCUCCUCCUCAGUGACCCCCUGGACAUGAAGAGACAACCACCUCCUGGACAUGAAGAGACAACCACCUCCUGUAUACUCCUCCUCAGUGACCUCCUGGACGGGAAGAGACAACCACCUCCUGUAUACUCAUCCUCCUCAGUGACCUCCUGGACGGGAAGAGACAACCACCUCCUGUAUACUCAUCCUCCUCAGUGACCUCCUGUACAUGAAGCGACAACCACCUCCUGUAUACUCAU